GAUGGAAACUCGGUUGGUGUGAUAGUUUGAUUUUGUUGUUGCUUCUAUUUGCCGUCAGUAACAAAGCAUGCGCACAAUUGUGAUAAAUUUUCUUUUCAUUACAUUAGUCAAAUAGUGAGAGCCGUCAUUAAAAAGUCACCAAAUACCAAGCACCCGAACAAAAAUAUUGGUUUUCAAAAUAAUCGAAAGCAAUUCAUCUGUUUUUUGAUUCGUGCCAGUAAUCGAAUAAAAGUGUUUAUUAUACAAGCAUAUUGCUUAUUAUAUUUCAUUUGUCGUGUGUCAUUCACUAAUCACUGAGUUUUGCCGGCAAAUACCGUGGUUUUUUUUAACACUUUCAUUCAGAUCAGGAGUUUUCUUCGAACGGUGUAGUGACUUCGAAAAAAUAUAAAAACAAUUGACGUGAAUUUUGUACACUUUUAUUAACGAAAGCAAUGACGGCCCAAACAGUUUUAUUGGAUUUUUCAAUCGAUCCGAGCCGAAUUGGUGACAAGGUCGGACUAAAAGACACGGUGAAAUUAUUGGAAAAAGGCCUACUGGAAUUUUUUCCACAGCUCAAAUUGAUCUUUGAGACAAGCACAUCCGAUGGUCAUUUAUGUGUUUUCUCACAAAAUGAUGCGAUUUUCCUAAACGCACGUUUCUUCAAUCAUGGCAUCAUUGCCAUCAACAUUGAAUAUUUCAAAGACAACGUUGAACAGCCGUUUGUUACAUUUGAUAAGAUAAGAUCUUUGGAAAAAUUAUUACGAAAGAUGUUAGAAGCAGAACGUUCGAAACAUUUUCCGCCGAUAAAACGAGGUUGUAGGAUCGAUGUCUAUCUCACAAGCUCAGAUGAACGAAUUCUCGAGUAUGACAUCGACAAGGUCAUAUACGAAGGAACCUCACCAUUCCAGAAGAUACAAAUCGUUCACUCGAAAAGUUUGGGAAAUAUGCUGGUCCUCGAUGAACUUCAAAAUAUUGCUGAAUCGGAUCUGAUCUACACCGAAACACUGAUGCAGCGUGGCAUUGAAAAUUACGAAGGCAAAGAAAUUUGCAUCCUUGGCGGUGGCGACGGUGCUCUCUUGUACGAGCUGUUGAAGGAAAAACCGAAAUUCGUGACCAUGCUCGAAAUUGAUGAGAUGGUGAUGCAGGUGUGCAAUAAGUAUUUGAAAUCGAUUUGUGGCGACGUUUUGGAAUUACGCAAAAGUGAUAACUUUGAGAUUAUCGUUGACGAUUGCAUGAUUUACUUGGACAAAUUCAUCAAAGAGGGUAAAAAAUUCGAUUAUGUAUUUGGUGAUUUAACCGAUAUUCCAAUAUCGGACACACCGACCGGCGAAGUAUGGAACUUUUUCCGUUCGAUUCUCGAGCAUUCAUUUAAAAUUCUAAAACCAACCGGAAAGUACUUAACGCACGGCAAUGGCGCCAAUCGACCAGAUUCGUUGAGCAUGUUCGAAGAGCAGUUAGAAAAAUUGGAACCAAAGGUGAAAUUCACCCGAGCUAAUGCUUUUGUACCGUCAUUCAUGGAAGAUUGGGUCUUCUAUCAAAUUACAUUUGAUGACGUUUGAUCGUCAAAUCGUACAUGGCAAAGUCAAUACCACUUCGAAAAGACACCUUCACAUAUUUAGAAAUGAAACAAUUUAAUAAAUUACAAAUCCUUAUUCUUUUUCUUCGCCUACAGAUACUAGAUAUUAAAUGUUCACUUAGCAUAACAAACAAAAUUUACAGAGAAUCUAAUGUAGCCUUAUAUAUUAAAACUUAUAUUAAAACUUCAAUUCAAUUCAAUAAAAUAUAUUUCGAACGAUGACAAAAUUAUCAUACAUAUUAAAA